AUGGGUAGUUAAUGUUCAUAGUGUUAGACUUGUUAAAAAAGAGAAGAGUAGGUUGUAGUUAUAUCUGAAAUCAGAUAGCAAAGUUCCCAGAAUAUGAAUCAAUAUUCUUAGUAACCACCUGAAGAAGAAAAUGACGAAAGUUCAUGUAAUUUAUGAGAAUAGUUAGUGAGUAAAGGAAUAGAUUUAAUGAAGAAUGAAAAGCUUGAAUAAAAGUAUUAACCAGAAGCUCCAACUCCUAUUCCUAUAGCCACUCCAGGAUCAGCACCAACCUAAUUAGUUUCUUUCAAUGUUCAAAUACAAUAACCUUAACAGACUCAAGAGUCUUAGAAUGAUCCCAGUAUUAUCAAGAAAGAUGGAAUGAAUAAAAGAAAUUAAGAAGAUUUAAAUCAUGAUGAAAUUAAUAAGUAAGGUCCAAGAGAGAAGAGACCUAAAUAUGUAUUUAAGAGUGGAGCAAUUUAUGAUGGUGAAUGGGUUGGAAAUAUGAGAGAUGGUUAUGGUAUUCAAAUAUGGUCUGAUGGUGCAAAGUAUGAAGGUGAAUGGAAAGCAAAUUAAGCAAAUGGAAGAGGUAAGUUUUGGCAUGUAGAUGGAGAUUUUUAUGAAGGUGAAUGGAAAAAUGAUAGAGCAAAUGGAGUAGGAAAAUAUAUUCAUACUGAUGGAGCUUAAUAUGAGGGGGAAUGGUUGGAAGAUUUAUAACAUGGAUAAGGAAAAGAAUUUUGGGCAGACAAUUCUAAAUAUGAAGGAUAAUAUAGGUAUGGAAAGAAAUAAGGACUUGGAUGGUAUUAAUGGACUGAUGGUUCUACGUAUAAAGGAAUGUGGAGUGAUAAUAAAUUGAAUGGAUUUGGAGUCUAUAAUUGGCCAGAUGGGAGGGUAAGAUGAUUGUUUCAUACAAAGCGCUAUGAAGGAUUUUGGUAACAUAAUCAGAUGAAUGGAAGAGGAAUUUACUAUUGGCCAGAUGGAAGAUAUUAUGAUGGAGAGUAUUUAAAUGAUAAGAAACAUGGAUUUGGAGUUUAUAAGUGGAAUGAUGGUCGUUGUUAUGAAGGAUAUUGGCUAUCAGGAAAACAACAUGGUAUAGGAAGGUAUAUAUUAAACGAUGGACAGAGUCAAGUUGGAGUUUGGGAAAAUGGAUAAAGAAAAAGAUGGUUAGAAGGAGAAAGUAAGAUAGAGAGACCUAGAGACUGGGAUAAAUAUGUACAUCCAAAAAUAGAUGACUUUUAAUGA